GGGGCCGGUGCCGGAGCUCACCCUGGACCAUCUGGAGAUAUCCGAUGACCACGAUGGCGAGGAUUCGUAUUACACCUACUUCCGAGGGGUCAAUAUCCGAGCUGCCCCCAGCAUCAUUGGCGGCGGCGGCGAGGAUGACUUCGGUCCGCCCCCGGGCUACACCCCCGCCAUGGACGAUGACGACCCGGACAAUAGGCCCCCAGCGUAUGGCGAGGCCUUGUACGAUGCAGUUCCUGGAGCAGCGGCAGCAGCGGUGGCAGCAGCAGCGGCUACGACGGUCGAGCCAUUGAGUCUUGUCAUCAACGGGCAGUCUAUCUAUCGCGACAAUGACAUGAUUGACAUCGACAACAACAGCAACAACAACAACAACACGGCCCCAACUACGGGAACCCCAGCACCACCCGGCCUGGCCCUCUACGCCAUGAACCGGGGCAUCGCCUCCCUCUCGCACACCGACUCGAGCGUGACCUUUGAACGGCUCGACCACGCCGUCCGCCACACCAGCAGCAGCAACCGCAUGACCAGCCGCAGCAAGCACAUCUUCACCCUGCGCCACAUUGACGACCUGGCCGCCUCGUUCCACGCCAGGCCCCUGCGCGGAUACCGCAACCGGCCCGAGGGCGCGGGCGAGUCCGCCGCAAACAUCCCCCGCUUCUUCUGCCAGGCCGAGAGCAGGCGCAGCCUCGGCAGCUUCGGGCUCCGCAAGUGCCGCUACCGCCCUGCUUCUGCUCCUACUGCUGCUGCCGCUGCUGCUUCUGUUUCAACUGCCGGUGCCGAUGGCGCUGCACCUAGCUAUGAAAACCCAUCCAACCACAACCACCACGGCCACCACCACGGCGCCGGUCCCUCCUCAGUGUCGCCGUCAUCACGGGUGGGUGGUCUCGCGGCCAAGCUCAUCGCAGCCGCGGGGUCGGAGCACGGGUACGCGGUGGUCCCGCUCGCGCGGCGCCGGGCCGAGCACGACAUCCCGCGUUUCGCCGCGGGGGAGAAGGGCCACGGGUACGCGCGGCCGAUCUUUGAGGUUCGCAGGCGGGCUGUGGCGGCGAUAGCGCUCAGUCGGCAGCAGCAGCAGGGGGAUGAUGUCCCGUCGGUGCAGGAUGGCCUUCGCCAUGGAGAGGGAGGGGGAGGCAGAGGAGGAGGGAGGAGACUAUCCGGGCUCGUCAAGGGCAAAGGAAAGGCCACCACCACCAACGCUACUACUACUUCUGCUUCUGCGACGACGACGACGGCAGACAGCGGCGGUAGCAGCAGCUCUGACACCGACGGCGUCGAGUGGGAGUGGUUCGACGAGUUCGGCACGCUGGUCGCCCGCGAGGAUCAGGUAUGGAGGUCACCUCUCCCGCCGCCUCCGCCGCCGCCAGCCAGCCAAGAAGGCCUGCCGCUGCCGGUAUCUCCACCAGCCGCAGCAGUGCCAACAGCAACACUUCAUUUACAGCAGCAGCAGCAACAACCACCACCACCUCGCCGCCACCACCACCACCGCCUGGUCACCCUCCAGCCCCUGCCGCGCGAGACGUUCGACGUGCUCGUGAGCAGCUGGUGCCUGCGCGUAUGGUGGGCCAAUGCGGACAGCCUGCCGGGCGCGGAUGACAUGGGCGGGAUGUCGUUCGUCCGCAGAAAGUUCAAGGCCGCGCAGGACUUUGGCGUCGGCACAGGCCGCGACGGGAAAUGGGGCAUCACGCCCUAAGCUCUUUAAGAGGGGGCCGGGACAGCAAUCUCUACCUUCUGAGGCCAUACAGAGACAAUAAACCCGAAAUCCAAGAUUAUCAGCAAUGCCUUUCAAUACCCUGCCGGACCACGAGCAUCCGCAAAUACAGCAUCAUCCACGAGGCGCAACAAGUAAUCGACCCGUCACUGCUCUCUUAAUAGAAUGAGACAUGUGAAAGCUGUGUUGUAUAAUAUAAGGUACGAAAGAUC